CAAAUUAGGAAAAGAAGAGGAAAGACUUUGUAGGUUAGCAAGAUGUCUCUUGUUUAUGUUUAUAAACAAAACAAAAAUACUUUUUGAAAAAUACCUAUUAUUAUUGAACAAAAAUAAACUCCAAAUGAUUAGCGGCUAGCCGAAAACCUAAAGUUGCUGGUCGAAUACUAUUUCUGAUAGAUUCGACUACGACUUCUAUUGAAAAUGAUGGGAAAAAAGAAAAGUGGCAGCAGCGGUACAGAAUCCAGUUCAGAGAGUACAUCAGGAACUACUACAACCACUUCAUCUUCAAGUGGAUCUGGAACUGGUUCAAGUUCUUCCAGUGAUUCAGAUUCUUCUAGUUCACAGGAAUCUUCCAAAAAUUCCGAUUCUGAAAAGAAAAUUGCCGCAGUUCAGAAAGCCCCUAGAAAAAGCAUAGACAGUUCAAAACAAUCCUCUACUGCAAAAACUGAUGCAAAACCAACAGCAAAAUCUAAAACUCAACAGUCAAAACCAGGCGCAAGGCCGGCACCUCCAAAAUCCGUUGCCUAUAGCACUGAUGAUGAUUAUGAGAAAGUUCCAAAACCAAUUAAACGCAAAAGCAAUGUCAAACCAAAAGCCAGUGCCACCCUGACACCAAAGCCAACGGCUUCAGCAUCUCAGAAGAUUGCCAACCACAAACAAGCUGGAAAAGUAAAUACAUCAGGUGGCAAAGCGCCACCUAAAACGAAAGAACCACUGAAACCUAGAUUAACACAAAGAAAUGCCUCGAGCGCAAAGAUAGUCGAUUCAAAAAAGAAAAGUAUUUUUUCACCAGAAAAUAGUUCGGAUUCCGACAUGGUGAAUUCAAAAUUUGCAAAAACAUCAUCAAAGUCGAAAUAUAAACCUGAGCCCAGACCUAAGGCCGCAGCUAAACCAGUAGAAAAACCUAGACUUAUUGAGAAGAAGGUAUCAGAGAAACGAGCUCCAGCAAAGAAAGAUUCUAUGGAAACUUCUGGUAGUUCGGACACAUCUUCUACUGGUUCUACCAGUAGUAGUGAAAGUGACUCUAGUGCAGAGGAAUCGGAAAAAGAAAGAAAACCUGUUAAAAAACCUGUCAAAAAACCCACAGUUGUUCAAAAACGAAACAUAGCAGCAUCAGAUUCUGAACCAGAGCCCAAUAAAACGAAACAAGCUCCCAGGAAACUAACUCGUUCAGCCAGCACCCGCAAAUCCAAACACGUCCUUGGGAAAACUGUUUAUUCUGAUACAGAUUCAGACACUGAAAGCACCAAAAGGUCGCUGAGUAGAUCUCCAGUGAAAAGAGCACCAAAAGGAAAGUCAAAAAAUAACAGAAAAAAUGAUGCCAAAACUAAAAUUAAUGAAAUUAUUGAAAUUGAAAGAUGUUGCCCAUUAGAGGGUUGUGAUAGCAUUGGACAUUUAAGUGGAAAAUUUGAAAAACAUUUCACUCUGGAAGGGUGUCCAAUGUAUCAUAAUAUUACAGUUUCGAAGUGCAAAAGUGAAUUGAGUGAACGUAAAAAACGUGAAGAUUCUCGUAAAAAAGCUCUGGAAGCUUUUACAAAAACAAAUAAUAAAUCUCCUCCACCUCCUACUCCAGAACAUAAGCAAUAUUUGUCCAGAGUAAAAGAUGCCAGGAUUAAAUUUAAACAAGAAUUCGCAGAUGUCAAAAAGUCAGACAUCAAGCCACAUUUAGACAAAAGCAAGGAACCAGACCUAAAUAAUUUUGUCUCCGAAUAUGAUUUGAAAUUAUUUAGAGAUGCCCAAGCCAUAGCUAGUGAAAAAAUUGAAGAAGAAUUAAAAAUUUUACCAAGCACAAAAGGAACAAAAUCAAUCGAAAUGGGCAAAUUUCAAAUGGAAGUUUGGUAUCAAAGCCCCUACCCAGAAGACUAUGCAAGAUUGCCAAAAUUGUACAUUUGCGAAUUUUGUUUGAGAUAUAUGAAAUCGAGGACUAUUCUAGGUAGACACAUUAUAAAAUGCGUUUGGCGUCAUCCGCCUGGUGAAGAGGUUUAUAGGAAGGACAAAGUCAGUGUUUGGGAGGUAGAUGGCAAAAAGUAUAAACAAUACUGCCAAAACCUUUGUCUACUCGCAAAAUUUUUUUUGGAUCACAAAACCUUGUACUAUGAUGUGGAGCCUUUUCUGUUUUACAUUAUGACAUUGGUGGACAAUGAAGGAUGCCAUACUGUGGGAUACUUCAGCAAGGAAAACUAUACAACCGACUCCAACCAUUACAUCAAAGAUGCUAUUCUAUCGAGACUUGAUGUUAAUAUCAUUAUGGUAGAUUGGAACCCAUUAUCUGGGGGUCUUUAUACUUUUGCAAGAAGGGAUGUACCAUACGUAGAAAGGCGGGCUGCUGCAUUACUUGAUCACGUCAUAUCUAAAGAGUUUGGGUAUUCUUUAAGACGAGUUACUAUUGUUGGUUACUCUUUAGGAGCUCCCAAACGGUCCAACGACUUCUGA